AUGGCCACAAAUUUGAAAGCAUCGAAAUCCAUAUACACCUUUGUUUUCCUCUUCAUCCUCUUCUUUUCAUCCUCUCAUGCAGCUUUCUCCUCCUCCCAAGAUGACACGUGCUACACUACACCCUAUCCAGCAUUCUGCAAAACUACCUUGCCUCCUCAAUACAUAUCCAUACAUGACCAAUGCAUUUUCUUCCUUCAACAAUCCUUAUCAAUAACAAAAACCAUUCUUCAAUCCAUCUCUUCUUAUCUUAGAGACCAGUUUAUUCCUGAUUCAACACUACAUGCCCUUGAAGAUUGUCUUAAUUUAGCUGAACUUAACACUGAUUUCUUGUCCAAUGUACUCCAAGCUAUUGAAAACCCUUUGAGUAGCUAUCAGGUUUAUGAAUUGCAAACCAUGCUUAGUGCCAUUUUGACCAAUCAACAAACUUGCUUGGAUGGUUUUCUCGAGGUAACUCCCUAUUCUAGAGUAACCAGUGCUUUAUCAAGCCCUCUCUCUGAUGGGAUCAAACUUUAUAGCAUAUCACUGGCCCUUUUCACACGCGGUUGGGUUAGUGAUGCCACAGCAAGUUCAACUACAGAGAAGAGAGUUGAGACUAUUAUUAAUAGAAAGCUAUUGCAAACAGACGUUGACAGUGUAGUGGUGACACAAAAAGUGGUGGUGAACCCAGAUGGGUCUGGUGACUUCACCACCAUAAAUAAAGCAGUGGAUGCUGCACCUAACAAUGCCGGCACAAACAACGGGUACCAUGCAAUUUAUGUUGUUGCUGGAAUUUACAAUGAGUACGUGUCUAUUCCUAAGAGCAAGGAGAAUCUAAUGAUCGUUGGAGAUGGCAUCAACCGCACUGUGAUCACUGGCAAUCGCAGCGUUGCUGAUGGUUGGACCACUUUCCAAUCUGCAACUUUCGCUGUGGUUGGAACAGGGUUUGUUGCAGUGAACAUAACAUUUCGUAACACUGCGGGGGCCAGCAAGUAUCAAGCGGUGGCUGUGAGAAACGGUGCGGACAUGUCCACAUUCUACAAUUGUAGUUUUGAAGGCUACCAAGACACAUUGUAUGUAUUUUCCCUUAGGCAAUUCUACAAAAACUGUGACAUUUAUGGCACAGUAGAUUUUAUAUUUGGCAAUGCUGCAGCAGUAUUCCAGGAUUGUAACAUGUACCCAAGACUUCCAAUGCCAAACCAAUUCAAUUCAAUCACAGCUCAAGGCAGAACAGAUCCUAACCAAAACACUGGCGUCUCCAUUCAAAACUGUUGCAUGAUUGCAGCCAGUGAGUUGAGUGAUGCUAAUAACAAUUAUAAUGACAUAAGUACAUAUUUGGGUCGGCCUUGGAAGGAGUAUUCAAGGACAGUUUGCAUGCAAUCUUUCAUGGAUGGCCUAAUUGAUCCAAAGGGUUGGGUUGAAUGGUCAGGGGAUUUUGCUUUAAGCACAUUGUAUUAUGCUGAGUUUGCUAACUGGGGACCAGGUUCAAAUACUAGCAACAGGGUCACAUGGGAAGGGUACCAUCUCAUUGACCAAAAUGAUGCUGGUGAUUUCACGGUAAGCAAAUUUAUUCAAGGUGAUCAAUGGCUGCCCAAGACAGGAGUGCCUUUCAAAGCCGGGUUACAGUGA